CACACCGUCGUCUCAUUACUUCCUGUAUCCUAGUCUGUUCAACUGCGGAGGAAAAAAACUAAAAUAACGGAUACAUUCGUUUGUCCGGAGGAAGAAAAUACAUCUUAAUAAUUUAAUAUUUUUGCCUGUGUGUAUAUAUGUGUGAAUUUUGUCGUGUGAAGUCGCCUUCAAGUGUUAUUUAACGGCGAGGAGAAUGAGCGGAUGAAUCCCUGUUAGCUAUUUGGCCAUUUUUUCCCCCCCACCAACCACCCCUCCAUUCCGUGACAUUUUCCACUAGCACACUUGACGUCUGUCAUCAUGUCAAAAUACACCAGCUUUCCCGAACCCACGGAAGAACAGAACCCUUUCCAGGACCCGGCCGUGACCCAACACAGCAGCAACACCGGAUAUGCCACACUGGAUCUUUACAAUCCGUUCGAAAGCACGGCGGAGCCUCCACCGCCUUAUGAAGCCACCUCUCCUACUGCUCCAUCCAUGCCUGCACAGACCCCACCCAGCCGAACAACACCUACUCAGCCUAACAACUAUGGCUCCUAUAACACCCAUAACAACCAGACUGCAGUCAAUGCCACCACGACUGAGCUGAUGAAAAAACAGGAGGAGCUGGAAAGGAAAGCCCGGGAGCUGGAAAGGAGAGAACGGGAGCUGCAGUCACACAGCCUGGGGCCUGGAGCCUCCCGUCAAAAUAAUUGGCCUCCCCUGCCUUCAUUCUGCCCGGUCGGACCGUGCUUCUACCAGGACAUCAACGUGGAGAUCAGCCAGCGCUUCCAGCGUACCGUCACCCUCAUGUACUACUUCUGGAUGUUCAGCACUUGCACUUUGGUCUUCAACCUGAUCUCCUCGUUGGCCAUGUUCUGCGUGGACACUUCUGUCGGUGUUGGUUUCGGCCUUGCCAUUCUCUGGGCUCUGCUCUUCACACCUUGCUCCUUCCUCUGCUGGUAUCGGCCUGCGUACAAAGCCUUCAGGAGUGACAGUUCCUUCAACUUCUUCAUCUUCUUCUUCAUUUUCUUCGCCCAAGUGGCUGUGUAUGUCAUCAUGACCAUCGGCAUCCCUGGGUGGGGGUUCAGCGGCUGGAUCGUGAGCUUGGCCGCUCUGAAAACAAGCACCCCCGUGGGCGUGAUCAUGAUGAUGAAUGCCAUCCUCUUCACUGCCCAGGCCGCCAUUGGAGUGUUCAUGCUGAAGAAGGUUCACGGGAUGUACCGGCAGACCGAUGCCAGUUUCCAGAAGGCCCAGGCUGAGUUCGCCACCGGAGUCAUGUCCAAUCAGGCUGUCCGCCAAGCCGCUGCCAAUGCGGCCGCCAACGCCGCUCAGGGUGCCUUCACUGCACCCCGCUGAUGAAGAGGGACACUGGGUGGGUAAGUAGGAAGGGGUGGGGAUUGGGGGGGUUCCUUUUGUGUAAUAAAGGAUCACUGGUGAUUAGAUGUCAGUGGGUGUGAAACAUGAGUCUCCGUAUUUACCAAACUAAACAAGCAGUGCAUGAUGUUUUUGUAACGUGUACGCAGUGUCGACAUUGAAGUGUCCGUGUUCCGUUCAAAAUCUGUACGGAUUUCGGAACGCUCGUAUCAUGUUUAAGCGGCGCAGCACCCCGCCCGUAAAGCUUCCAUCUUUCAUGACGUAGUGGUUAGACCCAUCGACUUUUUAAGACUUGUUUACACGGUCACUCGAAAUGCUACCAAAUACUACUUUUUUUUUUUUUUUUGUCGUCUUCAACUAACACAAACUCUAAAUGAAAAAGGCCUAUUUAUGUUGUUGUCAAAAGCGCUCACACGCUGUAAAAGAUGAAUGUGUUGUCUUGUUCUUUUGAUGCUGCUUGUGUUGUUUUCUUACAAAUAUAAUGUCAUGCAAGUUA